AUAAACUGAGACCGAAGCCGCCGCGGGGGACCGGGAGCUCGCUCUGCCGCCGCCGCCGCCGCCGCCGCUACUGCUGUGACCCCAGACGGCGUCAACAUGGAGCUGGAGAACAUCGUGGCCAACACGGUGCUGCUGAAAGCACGGGAAGGAGGCGGUGGAAACAGAAAAGGAAAAAGCAAGAAAUGGAAGCAGAUGCUGCAGUUCCCCCACAUAAGUUUGUGUGAAGAGCUGCGACAAACCACAGAGAAGGACUACAGCAGCCUCUGUGAGCGGCAGCCUAUCGGACGGUUACUGUUCAGACAGUUCUGUGAGACUCGACCCGAACUGAGACGCUGCGUCAAGUUCCUGGAUGCCGUGGCCGAGUACGAGGUGACUCCAGAUGAGAAGAGGAAGGAGUGCGGUCAGGAACUCAUCGACAAAUACUUCAACCCAAAGUCGGAGGACCAUGUGCCUGAGGUGGAGGACGACAUGAUGUCUCAGUGCACUGAGAGGCUGCAGCAGGAGGCCUGCAAAGAGCUCUUCAAGGACUGUACCAAACUGAUCCACGACUACCUGAGCGUGGCGCCCUUCGCGGACUACCUCGACAGCAUGUACUACAACCGGUUCCUCCAGUGGAAAUGGCUGGAGAGGCAACCGGUGACGAAAAAUACAUUCCGACAGUACAGAGUUUUAGGGAAAGGAGGCUUCGGAGAGGUGUGUGCAUGUCAAGUACGGGCCACAGGGAAAAUGUACGCCUGCAAGAAGCUGGAGAAGAAGAGGAUAAAGAAGAGGAAAGGAGAGUCCAUGGCGCUCAAUGAGAAACAGAUCCUGGAGAAAGUCAACAGUAGAUUUGUGGUGAGUUUAGCGUACGCCUACGAGACGAAGGACGCGCUGUGCCUUGUGUUGACCCUCAUGAACGGAGGAGACCUGAAGUUUCACAUCUAUCACAUGGGCGAGUCUGGUUUUGACGAGAGGAGGGCCGUCUUCUACUCCGCAGAGAUCUGCUGCGGGCUGGAGGAGCUGCACCGAGAACGCAUCGUCUACAGGGACCUCAAGCCAGAGAACAUCCUGCUGGACGACCACGGCCACAUCAGGAUAUCAGAUCUGGGUCUUGCGGUUCAUGUGCCAGAGGGACAGACCAUCAAGGGACGGGUGGGAACAGUAGGAUACAUGGCUCCAGAGGUGGUGAAAAACGAACGCUACACCUUCAGCCCCGACUGGUGGGCGCUCGGCUGCCUGCUGUUUGAGAUGAUCGAAGGCCAGUCGCCCUUCCAGCAGAGGAAGAAGAAGAUCAAGAGGGAGGAAGUGGAGCGCCUGGUGAGGGAGGUGGAGGAGGAAUAUUCCAGCAAGUUCUCCGAGGAAGCCAAGUCCCUCUGCAAAAUGCUUCUGGCCAAAGAUCCCACGGAGAGGCUGGGCUGCCAGGGGUGCGGAGCCUCUGAGGUCAAAGCCCAUCCCAUCUUCCGCUCCAUUAACUUCAAGCGGCUGGAGGCCGGCAUGCUGCAGGUGCCCUUCAUCCCUGACCCACAGGCCAUCUACUGUAAAGACGUGCUGGACAUCGAGCAGUUCUCCACAGUGAAGGGUGUGGAGCUGGAGCCAAAAGACGAGUCUUUCUACAGGAAAGUGUCCACGGGCAGCGUUCCUAUUCCCUGGCAAAAUGAGAUGAUCGAGACAGAGUGCUUCGCGGAGCUGAACGUCUUCUACCAGGACGGGGCGGUUCCUCCCGACCUGGACUGGAGAGGACAGCCGUCUCCCCCACCCAAACAGGGACUCCUGCAGCGGCUGUUUGGCAGACAGGACUGCUGUGGUAACUGCAGUGACAGUGACGAGGAGCCCACCAGGCUGUGACACACACGCAGACACACACACACACAGACACACACACACAGAC